GUCCCAACCAUCUAUUUUAAUCAGCUCAAGAGUUGUGUCUUCAAUUCGCCUUCUGUGCCUCAAACAUCUUAUCUCAAGUACAGCAAAUGGCAAUAACCCAAAAGGGGCUAAUAACCCAAAAGACCAAAUUCCUGGAAUGUGUCUGUCUCUACGAGUUGAAGAGAGGGCUGUGCGGAGCUUUGGGAACGCCGACGUCAGAGACGGACAGCUCCGGACUGCCAUGAGAAUUCUGCCUCUAUAAAUCCCCAGGAGAAAGUGCCCUGAGCCAGAACGCCACCCUCACGCUUCCACACCGCUUAUCUUGGCACAGAGGAUCAACCCAGUUUUCAGUGCACACCUACGACAGCUACAGGAAGAGUAAAGAUGCGCGGUGCAGUGUUGGGAUGCCUGCUGCUGGUGUGUGCUGUGGUCCUGCUGGUCGAGCAAGCCGAGGGUCACAUCACUUUCUUCAGCCUCAAAGAGAUGGAGAAUAUGCGGAAAAAGGUUCGCUCAACGGAAGAAACACCUGAAGACAGGUCAGUUCAGCCACUACCACUGGAGGAGGAACCCCUGGCCCAGGACUCAGGCGUUGAGAUCUCUAUCAAACUGACCGCUGAUCAGCUGGAGCACGUAACAAAGGAGAUCGUAAAGGAUGCCAUGGAAAUUGGAGCUGCUUAAGGAGUCAGCGGUUCCGCCCCUAUCUGCAGACUGCUGAUGAUAGACACCUUCGACCAUCCAUUGCGAGCUCAUUUUGUGCCCUGUGAAAAUGGAUAAAUAAAUCUUAGCUAUC